UAAAAAUUAAAACAUCGUAAAUAACAAAGAUAAUCUUCUUAUACAUUUAAGUUUGAUAAUAGGUUAUGCCCACAAUUCACUCUAAUAUGUAAGUAGAUAUUUAAGCCAACAACACAAAAUUGUAACUGCUGGACAUACAUUUUGAUAUACAGCCUUUUAAUUGGUGAUAAUAAAAUAUAAAUAUAAGGGUUUCAACUUUCAUCACACACUCGACAUCUAUAGGGUUUUUUUUAAAUUAUUAUUAUCACUCAAUAAUUUUGACAAAUUUAAUAAAAUAGAAUGUUUACAUUGUAGCGUGGCAUAGUUACAUAGUCACAGUUGCUUGUUGUAUCAACAUUUUAUUUUAUUUACGUUUAUAUUUAAUUGAAUUAUUUUUUAAAAGAAGUAUAUAUUAAAUAUGAGUCUUACAAGUUUAUCUCAUCAUGACGAUUUUACAAAAAAGGGUUCAAGAUUUAGAGCUUUUGUUUAUACGGUGAUUGCUAACCUGCCUUGGCUAAAAGAUGAUGAUUAUAUACUCGCUCCUUUAGAUUUGUUUGACUCAAUAUGUACGGAAAAUCUUCUUUCAGCUUAUAAAUUAUCUCAAAUAUCUGUUUUUCAAAAAUUGAUGUUGUUCAAACCACCUGAUGAGAGAACAGUACUUGAAUUACAAACAAUCGAAUGGAUGUUCGAAAUAGGAUUUAAAUUUUUUCGUCUUUGUCCAACUGAAAUUAAAAUGGCUCUAAUCAGAAGGGCAACGUAUAAAUGUUAUGGCCCUGGUAGAUGGAUACUGAAACAGGGACAUUUAUCGACAAAUAUGUAUUUGAUUGUCAAAGGACAUGUGUUAAUUACUGAAGACGUACGAAAUUCUGUUACUAAACUUAUGGAGAACACUGAAUGUUGCAAAUUGAAGGAAAAACAUUCUUUUGGCAAAAGUGCUGUUAUGUUUAACACACUUAGAACCAACUCUGUACAAUCAUUAAGUACGGUGGAAUUGAUAAGCAUAUCGAAAAAUGAUUUCACGGACAUUAUCAAAGAUAAUUUGCAACUUCAGUGGAAUGAAAAUGCAACAGCAAUUAAAAAUUCUUCAUAUUUUAAACACCUGAGUUUGAUGGAAUUAAAUAAGUGCAGCACAAUUUCAUUUAUUAAAACAUUUAAAGAUAAUGAAUAUGUUCUCGGAAAAGGAAUAGGAGAUGUUAAUUAUGCUCACUUCGUAUUAAAAGGUGAAAUAUCUUUAAUACAGAAUUUAAAAAUUAAAAAGUUUGUUGACCGUUAUGGAAAUGUAAAGUUCGAAAUGUUCAAAUUAAGAAAGGCUUCGGAAAAAUUGUAUAAAAAAAAAUAUACAUAUAUAUAUGCCGACACUUGUACAUUUUUACCAGACUCAUGUUUUAACAUCGGUGAAAACGUAAUAGACAAAGAAUUUAUGACCACCAAUGUUAACGAAACAAAAUGCUUGUGCGUUCCUCAUUGGUUCAUGGCCGAAACACAAAAACUUAAAUGUUGGGAAUUUGUAAAGUUGGAUCUCAAUCACAUUAUUCCAUCUAAGGACCAAGUAUUUUCAAAACUCUAUCGAUCGUAAUAAUAUCUGAAAAAUAUUAAAAUACCUGAAUGUUUAUUGCAAAUGUUGAGUGUUAACUUUUUUUUUGUCUUUAAAUUUAGUACAACAAAAUAGAUAUUGUUUUUUUUUUUAUUAUUUUGACAAAUAUUUAGCCAUUUUUACUUUUGACUCUUUAAAGUACAAACUAGAUCCAAUUCUCUACCAGUAACCUUCAUAGAACUUACAAGUAAAAGAUCUAAAGUGCAUUUUUCUUCUAUAAAAAGUGUCUACAGACACAAAAAUAAUAAUUAAAAGAUAAAUACACAUCAUUAGAAAACCUACAGUAUAGCCCAUGCUAUUAUUUUUAAAAAUACAUGGAUAGUGUAUAGUAUAGAUACAGGUAUGCAGCCCCGGCUAUGAAAUUUCCUAAAUUGGAUUUAUAUUUGAUUCACAAUAAUAAUUUUGUAUUUCGAAUAUCGAUGGGAGGACGAUGGCAUAUUAUGCCACACACGAAACGUACAAUUGUCAAUUGGCAUUCACACAGUUCGCACAGCUACGUUAUUAAUUAUUGCAAAUCACAAUUUUCUGUGUUAUAGUUUUGUGAGUAAUUGUUUUCAUUAUUAUUUAUUAUAA